UAAAUACACGUGUAGAACAGCUUCUCUUCACUGACAGGUUCCCCGCUGUGUGCACCACUCCUCCUCAGCUCCGGACACUCCCACCCCGUCACUCGGCGUCCCUCAUUCAACACAUUUCCAGUCUUAAACUUUUAACAAACACUCUUUAGGAUGAACGGGUGGGUGAUGCUGGCGUCAGUGGUGGUGGUCGUGUGUGGCGUCCACGGCCAGGGAGACUCUCUUGACUGUACCCCGGAGGAGGUGGCCGCGGCCAAGAGCUCCGUCAGCACCGGCCUCCAGGACCUGUACCUGCCGCUCCUCGACGAGUCCUCUGGCAACAUCCGUACCGUCAUGACCAACGAGAACGAUGUCACUCAACACAUUGACUGUAUCAUCGAGAACAAGGCUUGUACCAAGCUGGGAAAGUCGCUCCAGUACUUCAUCACCAACCAAUCAGGCACUGAUCUGUGCGCCGGGUGCCAGCCUUGCCAGAGGACGCGCUUCCAGUUCAUCCUGACAGAACUCCGCUGCAAGUAUCCUGCCCAAGCCAACAGGAUCCAGACCUUCGUCACAGAAACAAGAAAGAUCGAUAUCUAUCAGUAUUUUAGCGUGGAUCCAACAUGUUAGUUAGCAGCUUUAAUGACGGACCCUGAACUGGACCUGGUGGCCAACUGGAACAUUGUGGACCUGGUGGCCAACUGGAACAUUGUGGACCUGGUGGCCAACUGGAACAUUGUGGACCUGGUGGCCAACUGGAACACCAAGGACCUGGUGGCCAACUGGAACACCAAGGACCUGGUGGCCAACUGGAACACCAAGGACCUGGUGCCUAUAUAAUACUUCUCCAGGGUAUGUGUUUCACUUGGAUAAAAGUCAAUAUCAACUUAAUAUAGAGCAAUAAAGACAAAAUGCAGA